AUCGUAACUUCCUUUUAAAAUCCUGCCACUUGCGUUCCACCACGGAUAACACAUGGGCAAGAAAUAAUCAAGACAUCUAACAAUGCGAAUUGAAAAAUGUUACUUUUGCUCGGGACCUGUGUAUCCUGGGCACGGUACGAUGUUUGUGCGAAACGAUUGCAAGGUAUGAGUUUUUUGUUUGUUGAUGUCCUACUUUCUGAUUUGAUGGCUUCCAUGCUAAUAUGCUAGCUGUUUUGCUAACUUCCUACUGUAGCCAGCUUGUUUUGUCAGCUGGGAUGUUUUUUUUAAAAACGUCCGUAGCUAACAUAAAGAAGUUGGUGCCCAACUAUGCCAGAUAACCUUUUUGUUUUUCACCUCUUAGCUAUCUUUCAACGUUUCAGUGCAGUUUCAUAGCCAUGCAGGCUUGUUAUUGUUGCCGAGUGAAGUCUGUGUCUCCUGAGUGGCGCAGUGGUCUAAGGCACUGCAUCGCAGUGCUAACUGUGUCACUAGAGAUCCUGGUUCGAAUCCAGGCUCUGUCGCAGCCGGCCGCGACCGGGAGACUCAUGGGCGGCGCACAAUUGGCCCAGCGUCGUCCAGGGUAGGGGAGGGAAUGGCCGGCAGGGAUGUAGCUCAGUUGAUAGAGCAUGGCGUUUGCAACGCCAGGGUUGUGGGUUCGAUUCCCACAGGGGGCCAGUAUAAAAAAAAUAUAUAUAUAUGUAAGUCGCUCUGGAUAAGAGCGUCUGCUAAAUGACUAAAAUGUAAUGUAAAUGUUUCACGCUCAGCAGUGAAGGAGACAUUGACUUUGCUAAAGCUGUAGUGGUGUUUCCUGUACAUUGAGGGGGUCUCUCCAUGCCCAGCCAUAGGCAAGUUCUUGUUGCUGCUACCUUGUGUAUAAAUGAGGUAAUGACUAAUAUCUAUUCUCAGACGUUCAGGUUUUGUAAAUCAAAAUGUCUCAAAAACUUCAAGAAGAAGCGUAACCCAAGAAAGACCAGAUGGACCAAGGCUUUCAGGAAAGCGACUGGCAAAGAAUUGACAGUGGUGAGUUCCCACGUCCACCCAUGCAAGUUGUAGAAUGAUGUGAAAUAGAAUGUGAUAUGAUUGUUAAACAAUCAUAAACGAUUUGCCCUUGAGUCUCUUACUGAUUUAUUUCCAACACAGGAUAACUGCCUGGAGUUCGAGAAGCGCAGAAAUGUGGCCGUCAAAUACCAGAGGGAAUUGUGGAGCAAGACAGGUACUUGUUAUGGCUAAAGUCCAGGGGUGUAUUUAUUUGUUCAAACCGUAGCAAAACGUUUUGCAAUGAAAACUAUUGUCAGGGUUGUAUUCAGUACGUCUUGUAACGGAAACUGUUUACCAUUUUAAGAACCAAACAAAAGGAACGAAACGGGGAGGGACCUACCUGAAUUUGUCCAAUAGAAAUUCUAGUUUUCGUUGCACAUCGUUUCCCACUUGGAGUAAACCGUUUCUGUUACAAAACGUUUUGCAACAGAAUCGGUGUAAUGAAUACAUGGGCGGCAGGUAGCUUAGUGGUUAAGAGCGUAGUGCCAGUAACCGAAAGGUCGCUGGUUCUAAUCACCGAGCCGACUAGGUGAAAAAUCUGUCGAUGUGCCCUUGAGCAAGGCACUUAACCCUAAUUGCUCCUGUAAGUCGCUCUGAAUAAGAGCGUCUGCCAAAUGACUAAAAUGUAAAUGUAAAAUGUAAAUACACCCCUGAUGGGGUGCUUCUGUUUUGGCCCGUUUGGUCUUACUAAUUACACCCCUGCCCUCAUCUUUCAAUUGUUUUCAUACUCUAUUCAAGUCAAUUCUCACAUGACAGAUUGAGAUCAUGCCCUCUGCACAUUUAAAUGAUACAUGUUACUGUAUGUUCCAUGUUGGUGUGUAUGUUACUACUACAGCAUAACAUCAAGACAGCUGUAGCUAACUGCUAGGAUUUUGUUAAUAGCCUUGUUGAGCUGUUAAAUCCAACUCAUUUUGUUAUUUUCAGUGGAGGCGAUGAGGAAGGUGGAAGGAAUAAAACGGAAACGGCAGGCACAGUUCAUCUUCAACAGGUGAGCCCAAGCUUUUUCCCCACAGAUUAAAUUGUUGCUCACACUAGGAAAGCAUGGGCUUUCCAACUUUAUAAUGGUAAUAUUUGUAUUCUGUAAAAUCUGGUUGAGUGAGUUAAACUUGAAUUACACAGUCCCUGCUUCAUAACAUUACUAUGAGUCGUAGGAAAAUAACUAGGCUAACAGAAGGCCAGUUUUGCCAAGUAUUGGAGUCUGACAUGCCUUUAAGCACUGUUUUCAGAUUGAUUUAGCCAUAUUUCCUCUUCCUUUCUCGAUCAGACUGAAGAAGGGCAAGCAGUUGGAAAAGGAGGAAGCAAUCAGCGAAGUGAAGAAGAACAUUCACCUCAUCAAAGCCCCACAUGCAGGUGAGUUCACUGCUGUUAGGAUUUUACAUUGUUUAUUAUAUAUAUAUAUAUAUAUAUAUAAUUAAUUUGAGAAAUUAGGUGAUGGCAUUCAGUCCACUUUGAGUUUGUAUAAUGAUGGUAGAGCACGGCGCUUGUAACGCUAAGGUAGUGGGUUCGAUCCCCGGGACCACCCAUACACAAAAAAAAAAAUGUAUGCACGCAUGACUGUAAGUCGCUUUGGAUAAAAGCGUCUGCUAAAUGGCUUAUUAUUAUUAUUAUUAUUAUUAUUAUUAAAUAUAGAACUUUGCUAAUCAGUUUGUUUUCCAUGUGUAGGCAAAGCCAAGGUUAUGGAGGAGAAGAUGGUGCAGAAGUUACAAGAAGACGUGGACAUGGGUGACGAUUAGCAAGUCCUUAUUGGGGCUCUGCUGAAAUAGAGACCCACAAAACAACCGCUGGCUCUAUUAAUAACAUCCAUAGACUUUCCUUUACCAAACUCUGGACAACACAGUCUGGGAAGAAACAAGGCGUUAUAGCACUGCAACCCAAUGCAGUUGUGGAGUGCUAA